CUACUAAUAAGAGAGCUUUGAUUGCAGAUGAUGAUGGAUACUUUCUUUUACGGUGAAUUUCUACAAGAUGACUUUUUAAGAUCUAUCAUAAGAAACUACUGCGAUCAGAACAUCAACAGAGAGUUCUGUGCUAAUAUGUUGUUUUUGAUCUUUGGUUUCGAUCGUGAACAACUUGACUACACUUUGCUGCCCCUCAUCUUGAGUCACUAUCCGGCCGGUACCUCGGCUAAGACGUUGGUGCACUUCGUUCAAGAAAUUGAAUCGGGCAAGUUUCGCGAAUAUGACUAUGGUCGCGAGGAAAAUCUGCUGAUGUACAAUUCGGUGGAACCUCCGGAAUACGAUAUAGCAAAUAUCAGGAUACCAAUGGCUUUGUUCUACUCCAAAAACGACUGGAUGGUUGAUCCCGUAUGUCUAUUGAAUCAUUUAUCGAAUGCGAUGAGAUUUAUGGGAAUUAUGUAUUUAGUGUCGUUUUGUGGUCAUCUUGAUGUUGUGCCGACAGAUGUGACAUUUAAACUAACAAUAAGCGCACACUUGAAAAGAAUAUCUUGGAUUGGUUGGAAUUGGCUGAACAACAAGGAAUUCAAUUUCACUAUUGUCCAUACGCCAGAGAUGAUAAGAAGAGCGGGUUAUCCCGUGGAAGUUUACGUUAUAAUGACAGAGGACGGCUAUUACUUGACGUUACAUCGUAUUCCAGGUGGCAAGGGCUCUUUACCUGUACUAUUUCAACCCGGGUAUUUAUGCAGCUCUGGUAUCUGGGUUGCUCUUGGCAAAGGCAAAGCACUUCCUUAUUUAUUAGCGGAUCGAGGAUAUGAUGUCUGGUUGGGCAAUUUUCGUGGUAAUAUUUAUUCAAGAAGACAUAUUUCCUUAUCACCGUCAGAAUCGAAAUUUUGGGAUUACAACUUUAACGAAUUGGCUGUCUAUGAUUUACCCGCGAUAAUUACAUUUAUCUCAAAUAUGACAUCACAACCAAUACAUUCGUACGUUGGUAUUUCUAUGGGCACAACUAUCUUUUACGUAAUGGCAACGGAGCGUCCAGAUAUUGCUAAAAUGGUUCAAAUGAUGAUAAGUUUCGGACCAGCGGCAUUUCUAGAUCAUAUGACAAGUCCUAUACGGUACCUCACGUUUCUCUGUAAAAUGGAUUGGAUAAUGCGGUUUGUCUUUCACAAAUUCCUGCUAAUUGAUUUUGUAAGGGUUUCCCUUAAAUAUUUGUGCAGUCAUAAUCUCGGAAAGGAAAUCUGCGCUCAUACAAUAUUUAUGAUGUGGGGUUACGACUGGGAGCAGUUGGACUAUAUUCUGCUGCCCGACAUAAUAAGUCACUUUCCAGCUGGUGGUUCAGCUUAUAUCCUUAUGCAAUACGCUCAGGCAAUCGAAUCGGGCAAAUUUCGCCAAUAUGAUUACGGUCACGCAAAAAAUCUAUUGAUAUAUAAUUCGAUGGAACCUCCGGACUACAAUCUGUCGAAAAUCACAGUUCCGAUCGCUUUGUUUUAUGGCCCUGGCGACACGUUGGUUGACAUUGUGGAUUUGAAGAGGUUGUUUUGCGCAUUAUCGAAUGUAAUGGAUGUAUAUGCAGUGCCGUGGUCUAAUUUCAAUCACGUAGACUUUAUUUGGGCCAAGGAUGCACCGAAACUGGUUUACGAAAGAAUUUUCCGGAUUAUGAAAAAAGAGAAAAUGAAUGAUACACUGGCAAUAAAAAUGAAAAAUGAAUGUAACACGCUAAAUAUUUAGCAAUGAAUUUUCCUAUAAUAAAUAUAAAAAUAUAUGUUUUUACCGACCGAA